CUUUGGCACCUCCACCGAGGCAUCAGCACCCGUGGUGCUUUCAUUAUUUUCUGUUAAGCUGCUACAAUGACUAGCAUGGUGCAUAGGGAAAUGUCACUGGCCCACAUUGACAUUGUAAAUUGACACUGUAAAUUAUUACGAUAUCAGUACUUAAUGCUUGAACAAUGAAUUUCAUUAGAGAUAAACUAUAUAGACCUUGCAAACAGAAGAGCCACAAGCUAGUAAAAACACAGCUGUAGAUCUAUACAGAAGAUGGCAACAAGAGGCCAGUACAACAACCAAUAUUCUCAUGUACAAGCUAGCAACUAUCCACUGGCACCAGGACCAACCAGGUCUAGAUCUAGCCCACAAUAUGGACAUGGAUAUGGAUAUCAACCAUUGCACGGACACCCACAAGAACAAGACUACUCUGAGACGAGUAUGGCUUAUGGUCAAGCUAGGGAAAACAACGCCCACACGUAUGCUAAUCAUCACACACCAGUUGCACCACAACCAAAGCCUAGGACAAAACUUUCACAAGAAGGAAGAAACAUGACUGAGGGUGUGUCAUACAAUACGCAUAAUUUUGGACAACAGGCUCCAAUCCAGAGUGCCCAAGAUCAACGGACAAACCAAGGACCACUUGACCAGACAGCAGUGCUAGAGACUUUAAGUGGGCAAGACACAAAGCUGGAGAAAAACAAUACAGGAGAGAUUACAUACAGUGAAGAACUCAGACCAGAGUCACAUGGAUCCCGAAUCGAAAGAACUGACCAUGCCCCCGUAAUUGAAAAUCCUAAACCAGGAAACGACAGCAGAGAUGACCAAACCAAAGAGGCUGCUGACGUUAUACAAGGCCAAAAACCAAAAAUCCACACACAAUUGCUGACUCUAGCUGUGGAGCCCAGGGAGAUGAUAACUGAAAACAGAAGCUACCACAACGAAAUCAGUGGGAUCGAAGCAAUAAAAAGGCUUAAGGUUUUCCGAAAUUGCUGCUACCUCACACGCUACAGUGAAAUUCAGAAGUGUUACAUACUUUCUGUAUGCAUGAGCGAUGAAGACUUGCAAAACGAAAUUUAUAAGCAUUUUGAGCUGAAAGUUUCUGAUGAGGGAAUACGAAUUCUAGAACACAGACCAUUUGCAAAUUUAGUGGAAUUGCUUACGCAUUACGAAAAUAACAGACUCGGCUCAGCCUUCCCAACAAUUGGAAAAUGCAUUACCCUAAAUGCCUACAGGGAAAGAGUCAGAGAGAAACAUAAGAGGCAACCACAACAAGUACACCUACAGCUACAUCAAGAACAACAAGCUCAACCACAACAACAAACGCAACAAGCACCAAUACAAGCACAACAACAAGCUCGGCUACAACGAGCACAAAUACAAGCACAAAUUCGAGAACAUCAAGUACAAAUACAAGAACAACAAACGCAACUACAAAAAGUGCUACAACAACAAUUACAAGCCCAAAAAGAUUCACUACAACAAGCACAAAUACAAACACAAGUACAAGAACAACAAGUUGAAAUAAAACAACAACAGGGUCACCUACAUGAACAACAAAAUCAACUGCAAGAAACAGUUCAGCAACAACAAGCACAAUUACAACAACAAGCGCAGCAAAUACAAGCACUACAACAACGCAAAUGUAAAAUAUUUUAGCUUGAGACAGUACAUAUACUAUUAUGCCCCAGUGCACAUGUGCUUUUGUGUGCGUGCAUGUGUAGUUAUAACUAUAUUUGCAUAUGAAAUUUGCCACUUUGGAGGUCUAAUUGUCACCUACAUAAUUAUUUUGGAGGAUAAUAAA